UGAACAGCUUCAAAUGUUGUUCACAGAAAUAUUUUUAGAUCUUGUCUGUGAUAUCUCAAAUAAAAUUAUAUGCUGCGACAAAUUUUCAGAGAUUAAUUCAUAGCGAAAAAAGGAUUUUGUUUCUACAGCGUCUUCAAUUUGUCGCAUGAUAUCAAAAGUGAGUCGCUUAUCAAUAGACUGGGGGAAGCCAGAACGUAGUCCAAAUAAGAAUGCACACGGCGAUAAUUCUAGCAACUGCUUUAAGUUUGCUUUUGCUGCAAAUUAGCGCGCAGCAAACCGAAAAUGAGGUAAGUCACUCCACAUCGGUGGCAGGCAUGGUCAAGCUGCUGGACGUGGAGUCCAAGCUCAUAGAGAAUCUGGAUAACUAUGCCACGCAGCUGGAGCGUAAACUUGAAGCCGUACGCAGCUACGUUGCGGAUAUGCGUGCGGAGAAUGAUAUAGCCAAGCAGCAACCGGAGUCGUAUCUAUCAAAUCCAUUGAAUGCCUUUGCGCUCAUACGUCGCAUGCAUCAGGAUUGGCUACAUUGGCGUCUCUAUAUGGAGCAACCUGUGGGGCACGAGCAGGCAGCUUAUGUGCCACAAAUGCAGCAACACUUGCCCACUAGCACAGAUCUGGAGGAAGCAGCGGCGUCUAUACAUCGCAUACAACUCACCUAUGAUAUGAAGGCAGCCGACAUGAGCUCGGGUCUGCUCAAUGGCAGGCAGUACAAUGUAAGUUUGAGUAGCUUGGAUAGGUACGCGCUGGGCAAGCAUCACUUUGAUAGACAGAACUUUGGCGAAGCUUGCCAGUGGAUAUAUCAAGCUAUUCAAUGGCUAGAUGGCAAGAAUAAGCUGCCGCGUCCCUUGGCCUUGGAUCGCGCCGAGCUGUUUCAGUUAUAUGGCGAGGCACUUAUCAAAAUGAAUCGCUUUAACGACGCACUUCAGGUGUUUAAUAAUGCAGUUGCUUUUAAGCAAGAUAAUGCACAGCUCUUGCAACGCAGAUUGGAAGUGGAAGCUCUGACAAGAACGAAUGCGCAUUUACCGCCCCAGCGAUAUUCAAUUCCACAGCCUGGCGCCUAUGAGCUUGGCUGUCGCGGUGGUUAUCCAUCUAAAUCCAAUUUGUACUGUUUCUACAAUCAUACGACAUCCGCAUUUCUGCGCUUGGCCCCCAUUAAAAUGGAGCUGCUUGCUCUGGAUCCCUACAUGGUGCUUUAUCAUGAUAUCCUAACAUCCAAAGAGAUUCAGGAGCUACAAUAUUAUGCCGUCCCCAAUCUAAUGCGUGCCACAGUCUUUGAUGCCAAAACCGGUCGCAAUAAUGUCGUCAAAACGCGCACCUCAAAGGUCACCUGGUUGCCCGAUGCACACAGCGAGCUCACUAGACGUCUCAAUCGACGCAUUACGGACAUGACUGGCUUUGAUAUGUACGGCUCUGAAAUGCUGCAGGUGAUGAACUAUGGCCUAGGCGGUCAUUACGACAAGCACUUUGAUUACUUCAAUGCCACAACUGCCCCCGAAUUGACUAAAAUGAAUGGCGAUCGUAUUGCCACUGUGCUCUUCUAUCUAACUGAUGUCGAACAAGGUGGCGCUACAGUCUUUCCCAACAUAGGCAAAGCAAUAUUUCCCAAGCGUGGCACCGCCGUCAUGUGGUACAAUCUGCGGCAUGAUGGCAAUGGUGAUCCUCAAACUCAGCAUGCUGCCUGUCCCGUCAUCGUGGGCUCCAAAUGGGCUACCACCAAAUGGAUACGUGAGCGCCAACAGCUUUUUACUAGACCCUGUGAGAAGAUGUAAGCCGGACAAGCUCUAUUCUACAAUUCUAUUAAACUUCGAUAUAUAUUCAAUGGGACUC